UCCAACACGUUUUUUAUUUUAUUUUUUGUUCCUCUUCUCCCAACUCCACUUUUUUUCUUUUGCAUAAAAAGUAAUGAAAAGAUCUCGCGAUGUACAAAUUGAUGAAAAGAUAGAAUUUAGCAGUUUAAUUCAACAUCCACAUAUUUUACAAGGACUCAAAAAUGCCGGCUAUCAACAACCCUCACCUGUGCAGCUGAAAGCCAUCCCUCUUGGACGUUUAGGCCUCGAUUUGAUUGCUCAGGCCAAGUCCGGAACUGGCAAAACCGUCGUUUUCAGCGUAAUUGCUCUUGAAGCCGUCCAAACCAGUGUGAAAGCUCCACAAGUGUUGGUACUUGCGCCUACACGUGAAAUAGCUGUUCAAAUUCGUGAUGUGCUACGUCAAAUAGGUUCAGCCAUGUCCACUUCUUCGUCGACGACAACAAACGCCUUUCGUUGCGAAGCCGUCAUUGGCGGAGUAGCCAAUCCAUCCAUGGCCGAUGUUCAAGUGAUUGUAGGCACGCCAGGAAGAGUGAUGCGUCUGAUGAAUGAUAAAAAAUUACCUACCUCUCGCAUCAAGUUGUUGGUGUUGGAUGAGGCAGAUAAAUUAAUGUCGGAUAAUUUUCCUGAACAAGUGGAUUACAUUGUAUCGAACCUGCCCCCGAUGCGGCAAUCGGUAGCAUUUUCAGCGACCUUUACAGACGAUUUAUUGAUACAGUUAAAAAAGUAUGUGCCGAAAAGCCCACACAUCAUUCAAUUGACAGAAGGCGUACCGACAUUGCAAGAGGUCCAGCAAUAUUAUGUUGAAUUACCCUUUGAGAAUGAAGUAGGCCCCACAGAUGAAUCGUCAGAUAGGCGUCGUUCGGCUGCCGACACGUUGAUGAUGUAUAAAAAAAAGUUUGAACAAAUAGAACACUUGCUCGGCAAAAUAUCGUUUUAUCAAUGCAUGAUUUUUGUCAACACGGUGCCGCGAGCCAUGGAUCUAGAGAAUUGGUUGAAUGAUAUGGGUUGGAAGACUGGAUUUAUACACGCUGGAUUGACACAGGAAAAACGAUUAGCAGUGAUGGAACGGAUGAGAGACUUUAAAUUGAGAAUUUUGGUGUGCAGUGAUUUGAUUGCACGGGGCAUUGAUAUUGAUAGAGUCAACUUGGUGAUCAAUGUAGAAUUUCCACGGGAUAUUGAUACCUAUCUACAUAGGGUAGGGCGAACAGGGAGAUAUGGGACAUCGGGCAUUGCUAUUAGUUUGGUAUGUGGAUCGAAUGACGUUGAUUUUCUGGAAAAGUUAAAAAAAGAGCAGAUUACUAUCACGCCGUUACCUGACAAGGUGUCGUAUACUGAGUAUAAGAAACUAUUGUCGGAAAAUGAACAAGCGUCAUUAUUGAAGCAUGAAUCGCAGAAGAUUGAGUCCAAGCCAAUCAAAUGGAAGCGCCAUCCUAACAAAAUUCAACAUGAGGGUGAUACAAGUGUCGAUCUGACAAACAAAAGCAAACAAGGUUCAGGGGUCGACAGAAAGAAAAAAAAGCUUAGUUCAGACCAACCUUAUUCUUUUGACAGGCAAACUGACAAUAAUGAGCCCAUUCAUGGUUAUAAUUCCCCUAGAGGACUUACACACCCUUUUUAUGCCCGACCACCACACUCCUCGUUACCAUCGCAACCACAACCACAACCACAACCGCAACCACAACAGCAGCAGCAGGCUUCGUCAUCGUUGUCAUGGAAACCAUUCAUUCCUCCCGACUUGUUCUUCUAGAAAUGCCCAAACGAGAGAGAACAGCCCAAAAAAAAAGGCGGGAAAACGGCUUGAAAGAAGGAGGUAAAAAACAAAAACAAAACUACAACCACUUUAUCUAUUGGCGGCAUAAACGUCUUUUAUGGCAUUUGAAAAAGAGAGUUUACCAGUGCACUCAACUCUAUAGAAGGAGAGGGAAAAAAGGACAUGCAGAUGCAUUCAGAAGACUUUUUUUCUAAAAAAAAAAAAAAAAAAUAGAUAGAUUGCUGGAUAUACAAUUAUACUUUAUGUAUAGAGGAAUGCAGGUGCUAUAUUACUUUUACAAAAGAUGUACAUGGCUAGACAUAUAUUUUAUAUUCUAUACCCACCCACUCCAACAUGCAUAACAACCUUGCAUAGUGCACAAGAUAAAAGUAAUGUUGGGGGGAAUAAACGAGAUGACAUUAUUUGUUUUAUUCUUCUUUUGUAAAAGAGGGAAAGUAUAUA